UUCCGCUUUUUUGAUACGUAGACAAGCGAGAGGAGCUCCCAGUCGGUCCGCCAGCGGAGGAAGCCCCAGGACAGGAGAAGAAGAAGAAACGACUCCGCAAACAAACUACAGCCGAAUAAAAAUCUACUCCGACAAGAAGACAAGAUGGUGGCCAAACAGAGGAUCCGCAUGGCGAACGAGAAGCACAGCAAGAACAUCACUCAGCGGGGAAACGUGGCCAAGUCAGUGAGGAACAUGGCCGAGGACAAAGGUGUGGGUCCCUGGCUGCUCGCGCUCUUCGUCUUCGUCGUCUGUGGAUCAGCCAUCUUCCAGAUCAUCCAGAGCAUCAGGAUGGGCAUGUAGCGUGAUGUCACCAGCAGGGGGCGGGGCUACAGCAGCCAGCAGCAGCACACGGCGACGGAGGAGAACCGCGGCGUUCCCGACCGAGCGACGACACGUUCCUGAGCUCCGCCCCCCCGCCGUUAUCUGUUGACUUCACGUGGCGCUGCCCGCUGACCUUCUCAGUGUUCCUACAUGUGCCUUUCUGUUUACCUGCGCUUUGGCCCCGCCCCCGCUGAUUGCGCCUUAUCAGUGGUGGGGGCGGGGCCAAAGUCCAACCUGCUCCUGUAAACUGUUCCAGACCAGAAUCAGGUUCAAGGUUUCUGCUUUUCCCCAAACUGACUUUCUGAUUUUCCAAACGUCUGUUAAAGUUUAUCUGGAGUCUUCUUCACAUUCCAGCUGAUCUGAUGUCUGCCCUCCUCCUCGUCUUCCUCCUCCUUGUCCUCUUCCUCCUCCUCCUCCUUGUCCUCGUCCUCUUCCUCCUCCUCCUCCUCCUCAGUGGAAAUGAGAUGAAAUGAGAUGAAGGUCUUUUGAAUCAGAAGGUUUGGAGGUGACAGGUGUGUCUGCACUGUGUGCAACUUCACCUGAACAAUCUUGCUCACUAAUAAAGUUUCAUUUUGAAGAUAAA